AUGCGGCGUGGUUCGAUGGCGAUACUUGGUGGCGGCGAACCAUUAAUCGUAGUUGAAGAAAGCGGAGUGGAAGACACAGAAUGCUCAUUUCGUUCACUUGCCACCACCCGUGACCUCUCCGUGGACCAGGAAUCUCCACCGGAUCCAUAUCAUUUGUCGCCAUGGCGGGAAAAUCGGAAACAUUCCUUGCCCACGCCGUCAUGCACAUCUGGUCCGACCGCUAGCCAGGUAAGACGCCUGUCUGAAAGAGGAGAAGGCGCUGCUCGGGAAGCACGCGAAGCAGCGUUUUUAGCAACACUAAGCCAAACGUCACCGCAGCCUGGUGGGAGAAGACAUUCCGUUGUAACAAUUUCGCGUGUACCCCAAGCGUUGUUUGGUCGUGGACGCCGAGAAUCAAUCGCUGCAUUUCCAGCGCUCAGUCGACGAAGAGAUUCAGGUACUAAAAAAUGUCCACCGGCUACCGACACACUAGGCAGUACCCAUAACUUGCAGCUCGAUAUAAUGGAUGACAUAGUACAGGCUCGUAAAGUUAGGAUGCGUCUUUGGAAUACUUCCAGUGAACGAGUUUGUGAAGUACAGCCACUUGAUGAGCGAUCACCCAUAAGUGGUUCUGUACGAUAUACAAAUCGCGGUCGGCGUCAUUCCGACUUUGUAGGCGCACCAUUGCCUCCCAUCCCUGCGCGUCGUCGUGCUUCAGAAAUGCCACCACCUCCACCGAUUCCUCCUCGAAGUGGAGUUGGCGUUGUAUGCACUGAUACUGACCUUCAUCUAAUGCUCAAUGCGCUUACAUCUUCUGCUACAGAGAUAGAUCGUUGUGGAAAACCAGACAGGCGUCUAGCUGACAUGCGCUCGAGUAGUUUCGAUGCUUCUACUCUCCGUGAAAAAUCUACAGAAUCGGGCACUACUUGGUUUACACGACGCCACCAAACAUUAGCAACGAAAAAAAAAGAAAACGAAAAUAAGAAACCUAAAGUUACAUUUGCUCCGGAUUCUAAACCAGCUCCAGGGGAUGCCGCUGCUGUUAUUUGGGAUAAACCAACAGGCUCUGUUGUUGAUGCAAGUGCUCUUGGAAGUGCUAUUGAAGUAUUUCUCAGAAGAAGUAGUGCGGUUGAGCCAGUACCCUCUACAUCAGGUGUAACUACACCGAAACAAAUCAAGAAAGCUGAAAAACAGCGUAAAAAAGGAACUGAAAACCGAAUAAAGUCUAAAGAAACUCCUAGUACUAGUAAACAGUCAGAAUAUGUAGAAGGGGAGCGCUGGGGUAGCAAGUCGGAGGAAGAUGAUGCCGGAGAUGGUUGCGAUGCUUCUAUAUGUUCAUCGUUAAAAGAUCUUUUCGUGUAG